CAGUUCUGAUAUUGUAUCUUUAUGUGAUACAACAUUUAAUUAUGUCCGUAUAUAUCGACAACCGGCACCGCAUGCCAUAUUGCGUAAAUGUUUUUUAUCCCUCAUUUAUCUGUCUAAAGAUCUUUUAUCGAAUUUCGAUAACUUGUUGUAAAAAAGGAAGGGGGAAUUUGAUACUUUGCAUUUGUGAUAAAUAGUCCUAAUUUGUGAUUUGGAUGUUUGAAGAAUGGUUAAUUUACGAGAACGGAUGGGAGUAAAAAUAUGAGCGCGAACAGCCAUGCUAUUAUACUGCGUGUUAGAGGACAGGGCGACAAAUAUGUCAUUUGGUGUCGAGAUUGUCAUGAAUGCGGCGCAGACAGCAACGAGUUACCAAGGAUUGAGCAAAUUCGCCAGGGCAGCCUUGCCGACAGGUCCGAUGCAUUGGAACGGGGAGAUUAUUUGUUAGCUGUGAAUGGCGUGCAAACCACCCGGCUUUCACACGAAGAAAUCAUCAAUCUUUUAAAGCAAGCCGGGCCGCAUUUAAGGCUGGAAAUCAAAUUUCCACUUCCAUCCACGCCCGCGCUGUCGCGACGAUGCAUUCAGAAAGAAACAUCAAUUUUCGUGAAAAAAGAAAACGACAGCUUUGGAUUAACGAUUCGAGGUAAUCAGCGCCCCGGUGAAAAUGCCCGAUCUCCAUACGUUGUUACGCGCGUACGGCCAGGAAGUCCCGCUGACAGAGAUGGCUUGUUCCGAGUUGGCGACCGCAUCCUGGCGGUGGAGGCCUCCUUAGAGGGAAUGUCUCAUGCCCAAAUGAUGAAUUUACUCCGAAAAGCCCCAUCAUACGCCCGGUUGGCUGUGCAGUACGACGUGCAAGUUUUUGAUGCUGUUGUGAAUGCGAGUGGUCCACUUUCUGUGGAAAUAGACCGGGCUGGUGCACGAAUGGGCACUGAUAAGCCUCUUGGGAUAAAGAUAACGACCUAUCACAACGGGACCAGCCGGGUGCUCCUUAUUGAUUCCAUUGUGCCCGCUUCCAUUGCUGACAGGUGUGGCGCAUUAAAUCCCGGCGACCGAAUCGACAGCAUUAAUGGCACCGACUGUUUCGGUAUGACCGUCCAAGAGGCCAUACAGUUACUGGAAUCCGACUCCUCCACCGUAAACAUGCAGAUCACUCCCGUCGCCGUGCUCAAAGCCGAUCAGAAUGCUCAAUUGGCCAGCGCCGCUGCCGCCGUGGUAACGAACCGCAACGGCAACAGUACAGCCGCUGUCGGCGCUGAUCAGCAUAACUUCCGUACACUUCCACGCAAUCACAGUCCUCCACCGUUGCCACGCCCCCCACCCGCAGUAUUAUACCCCCAUGCAUUUCGCGAUCCACCACCGCCCCUACCGCCGCCGGAUGGGCAGCUGGCUGCCUAUCCUGAAUCACACCGUGACCAACUACCUGUCACGCGCUUCAUCGAGACAGCCACCCGUCACAGCCGGGACACUUCAUCCACACCGACACGCUCCCUGCGGGAGACGGCCCAGUCACCCAGUCGACCGCCUCUGAAUAACAGCAAACCCGGCAACGCCUAUCUUCAGUAUAAUCGCAUCAAUGGGACACUGAAUUCGCAACAACCGUUGGCAGUGCCGAUUUCCCGACAUCCGGAGCCACUGCUGCCGACGUAUAAUCCGUACGUGCGCCGGGAACCGGAUGAGGCCAGUGAUGAUGGGUCAUUGUAUGAAAAGACUAGCGCCCAUGAAGAUACAGAUGGAUUGUCGUUUCUGGUUGUCAUCGAUAAAAAGCCUCAUGAGUCUUGGGGUGUCAGUUUUGCCUACAGACGACAAGAUGGAUACUCGGAAAUCGUUGUGCAUAAUCUUGAACAAGGCGGGAAAGCCCAAAGAACGGAAGCAUUAAGAAUUGGAGACAUCAUUUCCCAGAUCAACGGGAAGAACAUGCGCAACGCAACGCUACAGGAUGCUCACCUUCAACUGGCGUGCGAUUAUGUUACUUUGAAAGUGCUGAGGAGAGCCGAUCCCGUUGUCAGGCAGGAAGCAAGGCACUCACCGGCUGAGAGCGCUAACUCCAGCGCAUCUGUGGACAGUGCAGUGGAAUCUUGGGAAGGGAAUCUGAGGCCACAAGUACCAGCAGCAAGAAAUGUUGUUACCACGAACGGCAACUAUAACACACUUCGUCAGAAAGGUCUUCCUCACAGCGUAUCGGCGCAUCACGUUGCCGAAGUGGACAGCAUAUCCGUGCGAAUGCGUGGCAGUGAAAGUAUUCCGGAACGGUUGGUAGACCACGAAAUUAAGCCAUCCUACCGCUACGCAGACAACCUAAAGGAUUCUGUUGAAAUGAUGGAUAAAAUCCUUACGCUGAACGACUCCUGGUCCGAACGGCAAAGCACGCCAAACAAAUCCGCUCCCACCGGCAUUAUGAAUAAUCAUGUCUCAUCGGCGUCCAGUAUGAAGACAUCGCGGCACGAUAAGUCCCAGGUCUUGGACUCGCUGCUGCAGGAACUGGACGAUAUGAAACCAAAGCGUUCGCACCCCAGCACAACGGGGAAUACACCAUUAGUACAACCGGCACCAGUCAUCCGGCGUGUGAAGUUCCAGACUCCCAACGGGCAUAUAAGCGCACCGGCUGCCGCGAUUCCGAGCGGAAAGCCUGGCACUUUUGAGGUGGUGCUCAGUAAGGAUCCCUACUACGACGACUUUGGGUUUAGUUUAUCGGAUGGAACGUUUGAGAGAGGGGUGUUUGUUAAAAUGAUCAGACCGUCCGGGCCGGCGGAACUGAGCGGCCUCCAGUCUUUUGAUCAAAUACUAACGGUUAAUAAUACCGAUGUUUCCCAUUUGGACUGUUGCCUUGCGGUUCCUUUAAUUGCUUCAGCAGGCGACGGUAUUCGUUUGCUGAUCAGUCGACGCUCCCUUAAUCGUCGCUUCAUCAAGGGCGAUGAAAAUGAUCCUGAUGACCGGUCCAGAAAUCCAGAGGUGGAUGUUUUAGAAUCCGAUAUGUUAUGAAGUUUUUUGUCAUAUAACACUGUGACUAUUACUUUUUUAAUUUGCUGGGUUGUCUUAGUAAUAUAUUCUGCGGGACUAUUCCAUCUGUUCCGAUUGUCUUAUACAUAUGUCUUAUGUCCAAAGUACGGUCAAUUUUGAAUGAUUUUGAUUAUACUCAUAACGCGAUUUCUCAACACUUUUGUGCCAGUUGUAUACUUACUUAUCAAAAUACUUUUGUACUUCAAUGAAAUUAAACAAUAAAGGCACGCAGUGU